UGGGAGCUCGGUCCGUGGCCGCGCCUCUGCGCUCGUAGCCCGCAGAAGCUCGCGGGGAAUCGCGCGGCGCUGUCAAGGAAACUUUGAUUUAUGGCUGGGGUGCACAAAUAAUGGUUGCCGGGCGCACAUGGAUCCGGUAGAACUUUGCCUUCCCGAGUCUUUCUCCCUGCACUACGAGGAAGAGCUUCUCUGCAGAAUGUCCAGCAAAGACCGGCACAUUGACUCCAGCUGCUUCAUCAAGACGGAACCGUCCAGCCCGGCCUCCCUGACGGACAGCGUCAACCACCACAGCCCGGGCGGCUCCUCGGACGCCAGCGGGAGCUACAGCUCCACCAUGAACGGCCACCAGAACGGCCUGGACUCCCCGCCCCUGUACCCGUCCGCGCCGCUGCUGGGCGGCGGGCCGGGGCGGAAGCUGUACGAGGAUUGCUCCAGCACCAUCGUGGAGGACCCGCAGACCAAGUGUGAGUACAUGCUCAACUCCAUGCCCAAGCGGCUGUGCCUGGUGUGCGGCGACAUCGCCAGCGGCUACCACUACGGCGUGGCGUCGUGCGAGGCCUGCAAGGCCUUCUUCAAGCGGACGAUCCAAGGUAACAUAGAAUACAGCUGCCCUGCCACGAACGAGUGUGAGAUCACGAAGCGCAGACGCAAGUCCUGCCAGGCCUGCCGCUUCAUGAAGUGCCUGAAAGUGGGCAUGCUCAAGGAAGGGGUGCGUCUGGACAGAGUACGCGGAGGUCGGCAGAAGUACAAGCGCAGAAUAGAUGCAGAGAACAGCCCGUACCUGAACCCUCAGCUGGUGCAGCCAGCCAAAAAGCCAUAUAACAAGAUCGUCUCGCACCUGUUGGUGGCCGAGCCGGAGAAGAUCUACGCCAUGCCCGACCCCACCGUGCCCGACAGUGACAUCAAGGCCCUCACGACCCUGUGUGACCUGGCGGACCGCGAGCUGGUGGUGAUCAUCGGGUGGGCGAAGCACAUUCCAGGCUUCUCCACGCUGUCCCUGGCCGACCAGAUGAGCCUCCUGCAGAGUGCGUGGAUGGAAAUCUUGAUCCUCGGUGUCGUGUACCGGUCGCUCUCGUUUGAGGACGAACUUGUCUAUGCAGAUGAUUAUAUCAUGGACGAAGACCAGUCCAAGUUAGCAGGGCUUCUUGACCUAAAUAAUGCUAUCCUGCAGCUGGUAAAGAAAUACAAGAGCAUGAAGCUGGAGAAAGAAGAAUUUGUCACCCUCAAAGCGAUAGCUCUCGCUAAUUCAGACUCCAUGCACAUAGAGGACGUGGAAGCCGUGCAGAAGCUGCAGGACGUGCUGCACGAGGCCCUGCAGGAUUACGAGGCGGGCCAGCACAUGGAGGACCCGCGCCGGGCCGGCAAGAUGCUCAUGACGCUGCCGCUGCUCCGGCAGACCUCCACCAGGGCGGUGCAGCACUUCUACAACGUCAAGCUCGAAGGCAAGGUGCCCAUGCACAAACUGUUCUUGGAGAUGCUGGAGGCCAAGGUCUGACUAAGGGCUCCCUGAGCCUCCCACUGUGCACGCUGAGAGAGGGAAAACCCGAGAGUGAUGGCGAAGAAACUUCAAAUUUAGUUAAGAACUAAACAAAUAUCGACAAAGACUGCACUGAUAUUU